AGGCCUGGGGAUGAUAGAAAGACUAUCCUCUAGGAGUGGGCAUUAGGUCCUCAAGACAGAUAACCCUUCUCAACUUCAAAAGGGCUAUUUUGUGCCUAGUCCAGGAACACUAGUAGCUAUUAGAAGGAAAUGGACUCUCUGCUUGAGGACAGAGUACCGGAGUGCUUUGAGAAGCCUACCUCCUGGCUCCAGUACACAGUUUCACUAGCAGAAAGAGAUUUGUGUGGGCAACCUUCCUCCGUGCCUUACAAAAGGGUUGCUUAAGCCGAUAUGAGUCACAUCGGAAGCUUUUACCAUAUUUGUCACGCUGUAACUGCUUUGAUGAUGAAUUUUGCCUCAAAUGCCACAAUUUUGGCAUUGGAGGAUUUUUGAGAUUGUAGGACCAUUUGGUCUUGGCAGAAGCUUCUUCCUCCCCAGCGGCAGAGCUUGACCUAUAUAAGUACUGCAGGCCUAGCAGCAUUUCCUGGGCGGCUGGCUGCUCUGGCCACACCAGAAAGGGCUGUUCAGGCUGCACAAUUUCGCAACGCAGGGGCAACCGGAGGGCUCCCCGGUAGCCUGAUGUUCUAUUCCCCUGAAGCUCCACCACGUCCGGAUUAUCCCUAGCCACAUAAGGCGCCGUCAAUUCCAUCGCGAGUGAAGAGUGCCCGUUUCCUAGACGUCAGUUACUCUGCUCACAAGCAAACCCAGAGCAAGGGUAAGAUAUAGGGGUCCAGCACCGGAAACGGAAAGGUCCACAAGCCUGUGCCCCUCUAGGAAGAGGCUGCGAACCUUCUCGGUAGGUUUAACCCCUCAUUCACCUGGUCGAGCGAGAGCUUUCCAUCAGUAGCCGCUGUCAGGAACGUCGGCCUGGCUCGGGGUUCCAGGAGUCCAUCAGCCCGGACUUCGGGGCCCCGACUAUCAAAGCAGGGCUAAAGGAAGAAGGGCGGUCGCUGCCAAGGACAUACCGGGAGAAGAGUUAACAAAGUCAUUCAGAGCGGCACAGCACAAAGACUCCAUGGUCGGACGUCUGGGUUCUCCAAAGCACACUUCGAGGCCCUAGGAAGAAAGUUUCCCUUCCAUCUUAAAAGAGGCGUGUUAAGCUUGGUGCUGACUACAUAUCCCAGCAUACACCUCACGCGCCUCUUAGACUCGCACAACAUAACUACCAUUCCCACGAGCCUUCUGCGGCUGUGCAAGAACCAGAGUUCCGGAAAAGAGAACUACGGUUUCCGACUCGCAUGAUAACUGCGGCGGCGCUAUUUAAGAAGCGUCAGCAAGGAGUAGUCUGACCACGCCCCUCUCUUCCAGUUCCGCUGUCUCAGAUAAGCGGCGAGAAGCGGGGCGGAGCCCUAGGCCCGAGCCAAGAUGGCGGCUGCGAAACCAACCCUUACGGACUCGCUCUCGUUUUGCCUCUCGCAGCUCACGGCGGCAGCAGGGGAGGGUCAGGGUGGGGAAAAGGACCCAGCUAGCAACGAGACACCCCUGGGCCGCGCGCUCUUAGCUCUCCGCACGCGCCACAUCAAGGCAGCGGGGGGAAUCGAACGCUUCCGGGCACGCGGCGGGCUCCGCCCCCUUCUCGCGCUGCUACGGCGAGCGGCUGCAGCGGACCCCGCCCCGUCCGAGGCAGGUCCUGGCUCCGCCCCCUCGUCGGUUGCGUCAGCUGCUUCUGGUCCCGCCCCUUCCUCUGACUCCACCCACUCUGUUGGGUCGACGCCUUCGCCGCCAGUGCGCCUGCGCAAGACGCUGGACUUGGCGCUCAGCAUCCUAGCCAACUGCUGUACGGAAGGGGCGUGCCGGGCUGAAGUGCGCAGACUCGGAGGCAUUCUCCCUUUGGUAACCAUUCUUCAGUGUGUGAAGACAGAUAGCAUCCAGAACCGAACAGCCCGUGCUCUGGGGAACUUAGCCAUGGAACCUGAGAGCUGUGGGGAUAUCCACUCUGCUGGUGCUGUUCCUUUGCUCGUUGAGAGCCUGACAGCUUGCCAGGACUCACAGUGCCUGCAGAGUGUGGUGCGUGCCCUUCGCAACCUGGCAGACUCACCACAGCACCGCCUGGCCCUGGCACAGCAGGGAGCAGUACGCCCACUGGCUGAGCUCCUGGCUGCUGCCCCAGACCCUGCGCUAACCUCAGCCCUAGUCCGUGCCCUCCUGGAACUCAGCCGAGGCUGUUCCCGAGCCUGUGCUGAGCAGCUAAGUCUGGGUGGGGGACUGGGCCCACUUGUCAGCCUGACUUCUCACCCAAAACGGGCAGUACGUGAAGCAACCAUCCUGAUCCUUGCCAACCUGUGUGCCCAGGGCCUAGUACGGCCUGCACUAGGCAAUGCUGGUGGUGUGGAGGUGUUACUAGGUGAGCUCCGGCGGCGUCGAAGCACCAAUGGAGCCAGCUCGGCUUCCCAGCAACCGUUGGUGCGGGCUGUGUGCCUUCUGUGCCGGGAGGCUAUCAACCGUGCCCGGCUUCGGGAUGCUGGUGGUUUAGAGCUGCUCAUGGGCCUACUGAGGGACCCUCGUGCCAGUGCCUGGCAUCCACGUGUUGUAGCUGCUCUUGUGGGCUUUCUUUAUGAUACUGGGGCCCUGGGCCGGCUACAGGCUCUGGGACUUGUACCUCUCCUGGCUGGGCAGCUGUGUGGAGAGGCUGGUGAUGAGGAAGAGGAGGGAACAGAAGCGGCUUCUUGGGACUUCCCUGAGGAACGGACUCCUGAGCGGCCUGAGGCUGGAAGCUUCCGAAGCCUCAGGUCAUGGCUGAUCUCUGAGGGCUAUGCUGCAGGCCCUGGAGACAUUUCUCCAGACUGGUCUCCUGAGCGUUGUCCAUUGCCAGAGCCAGCAGAGCCAGUCAGUCCCACCCCUGGCCAGACCUCGCUGCAGACACCACGUACACUACGCAUGCAGGGUCGUAGCCCUGCUGCUUCUGCCCCAGAGGAGCCUUGGGGACGUGAGGGGCCGGCACUACUGCUGUUGUCACGCUUCUCCCAAGCUCCUGACCCAAGUGGUGCACUUGUGACUGGUCCGGCACUGUGUGGCUUGCUGGCCUAUGUGACAGGUGCACCAGGCCCACCAAGCCCACGUGCACUACGCAUCCUGGCACGUCUCACCUGCAACCCUGCCUGUCUUGAGGCCUUCGUGCGCAGCUACGGUGCAGCGCUGCUGCGAGCUUGGCUAGUGCUCGGUGUUGCACCAGACGAUUGGCCUGCACCACGUGCCCGGCCUGCACUCCAAAGCCAGCACCGGGAACUGGGUGAGAUGCUGCUUCAGAACCUGACCGUACAGGCUGAAUCGCCCUUUGGAGUCGGUGCCCUCACUCACCUGCUGCUCUCUGGGAGCUCUGAGGAACGUGUAGCCUGUGCACUGACCCUGCCCUUCAUCUGUCGGAAGCCCUCUCUGUGGCGCCGGCUACUUCUGGACCAGGGUGGCCUCCGUCUCCUCCUCACAGCACUUACUCGGCCAGCUCCACAUCCACUCUUCCUCUUCUUUGCUGCGGACUCCCUUUCCUGUCUCCAAGGCCUGGUGUCUCCCACUGCGAGCCCAGCCUUUCCACCUGCAAUCCCCUUGGAUCUAGAGCCACCCUCCCCUUGCCUCUAUGAACCUAUGCUGGGCCCAGCCCCGGUCCCAGCUCCUGACCUGCACUUCCUCCUGGACUCAGGCCUACAGCUCCCUGCUCAGAGAGCUGCCUCAGCUAUGGCCUCCCCUUUCUUCCGGGCCCUGCUGUCUGGCAGUUUUGCCGAAGCCCAAAUGAACCUGGUGCCACUGCGAGGGCUGUCACCCAGCGCAGCCUGGCCUAUCCUGCAUCACUUGCAUGGUUGCCGGGGCUGUGGGGCUGCCCUGGGACCUGUGCCCCCACCAGGCCAACCCUUGCUGGGCUCAGAGGCAGAGGAAGCCCUGGAGGCUGCUGGCAGAUUCUUGCUGCCUGGGCUGGAGGAGGAGCUGGAAGAGGCUGUGGGCCGCAUCCAUCUGGGUCCUCAGGGUGGCCCACAGUCAGUGGGAGAGGUAUUCCGCCUGGGCCGGCCCCGAUUGGCUGCCCACUGUGCACGCUGGACACUGGGGCCAGGGCAGUGCCCAAGGAAGCGGGCCCUGGCCCUUGUGGGGCUUGUGGAGGCAGCAGGUGAGGAAGCAGGGCUCUUGACUGAGGCUUUACUAGCUGUGGUGAUGGGGAUUGAGUCAAAUGGCUAGGGACCCAGCCUAGACUGUUGAUGUCUCUUGGGAGAGGACCUAAAGAUGGAUUGGCUGUGCAGGAGGCCUCCCUCAGAGUGUAACGAGAGAAGCCCGAGCAGAGUUAUCAUCGAGGACUGAAGAGAGGAUGGACCUGGACCUCAGUAUGGUCUGAAGACCCAGGAGUGAGAAGUCAAGGCCAGGGUCUGGGCCUGGGGCCCAGAGGAAGGAGAAGAGCCCAGGGACCCGGGCAUCUGACUUGGCCCAGCACUAUGGGGUUGAGAUUAAAACUUGGCAAUUGAAUAUUA